UUUGAUGUGUGGAAUUCCAGCUUACCAAAGUCGUUACGGGACAAUGACUCUGUGGCGCAGAAACUUGAAUUUUACCUUAAUAUUUACUUCGCCAUAUAUCCACUGAAAUUUGCAAAAGGACAGACAUUAGCUGAUAAAAACAUGCAGGAUUUCAAGACAUUCCUUGAGAACCGAGGUGCGACUCUUAGCCAGACUACCGAGUUUCUUCCAUUCUACGCUCUACCAUUUGUGCCAAACCCUAAAGGUCACCCAUCAUAUAAAGAACUUUUCACAGACACAUGGACAAAAGAUCUUGAAAUUAGACUGGAAAAGUUUUUGACUUUGUCACUGAAGUCAACACCACAGCCCAAGCUCUUUGAUCUUUAUAGAGGUACAAGUAGUUCUUCUGGAGAUCAUUUUCAACAAGUACAGAUAUAUCAGCAACAACUGGUCGAGUCAGAGAGGAAAACAAUGUCCUACAUUAAACGAUAUAACAAAGUCCAGGCUGACUAUCAUAAUUUGAUUGGUAUAACAGCAGAUCUUGUAGAUUCUCUCGAACAAACAGUGCAGGGAAAAAUUAUAAGUCCUGAGUAUUUACAACAUUUGUGUGGUAGAUUGUUUAAUGCUCACAUAACUGGGCAGUCUGUAGAUAUGACGAGGCCGGGAACUGCGGGUGAUGCCCUCAGACAAUCUAUAGCUCCUAGACAAGCCAGUAAAAUAGAGCCAAUCGAGGAGGUUCAGGUUGUCCUGGAUUAUGAGAAAAUCAAACAAGAUUUACAGACAACUAGUGAACGUAGGAAAUGUUUACUGCUGCAGGCUCUUAGAUGGAGACUUACCCAGGCCAAUCCUCUGACAAGAGAUAGUAAUGUGGGGUCAUUUAUACAACAUGAUUUACUUGGUUGUGCUACACCAGGGCAACAUAGGGAUGCUGUUUUGUCAUUGCUCACAUCAAAUGAUGCUGUUGUGAAACAAUGUGCUGCCAGAUUAUUUAAUGCAUUUGCCUCCCUUAAUUCAGGGGCGAACAAUUUCGCCCAAACAGACUUUUUAAAGGGUUUAUGGACAAUCUUUGAAGUAAACAAAGAUUUUAUAACAAAAGAGAUGGGGCGUCAGUUACAGACUUCUAUGAUAGAGAAUGGGUUGAUAGAGUGGUUGGUGAAAGUGUUAGAAGAUAAUGAUUCAUUAUCAGAUUAUACACUAGAAUAUUCCGUAGCAUUAUUGAUGAACCUGUGCCUUAGAACAUCAGGGAAAAAGAGAUGUGCUCCAAAUGCUAAUCAAACAUUGAAAGUACUCAGUGACCUUCUAGGACAUGAUAAUCAGGAGAUCCGUCCAUAUGUAAAUGGUGCCUUAUACAGUAUACUGGCAAUAUCAACUAUCAGGGAGGAAGCUAAGGCCAUGGGUAUGGAGGAGAUAUUAAGAUGUUUUAUAAAGGAAGAUCAACCUGACAUGAACAGACAGAUAGAAUUCAUCAUUAAACAACUCAACUCAACUGAAGUUGUAGAUGAGUAUGAAUCUGAUGAUGAGGAGGAAGAUGAAGAUGAGGAGGAUCAAGAUGCUAUGGAGGUUGACCUUGAUAAGGACGAGAUUGUGAGAGCCGAGGGCGACGAGCAGUCAGGCGAGAAGUUGUUAUCUGAGUAUACCACUGGUAGUGCUAAACCUCGGAAGAGGCAUACAGAUUCUGUAAUGUCAAUGCAAGGGCCGUUACAACGACCAGUCACACCAAGUUCUAGACGAGCAGUGGCUGAAAUGUUGAGUCGGCCGCCAAGUCAGUCAGCAAGUCGCCCUGGCACGGGGAUGAAGGACCCGACUGUAAGACCUCCCACUAGAAGUGGUAGCCGACCUGGUACACAGGAAAAUGAAAUGGGGGAAUCUAGUAGACCAUCUAGCCAGAAAUCUGGUAGAUUGUCAGCACCAGGCCAGAAACCAAAGACGCCUGGAGCUGAUCCUUAUAAGGCUGCUUUUGGUUCCCGGCCUAAGAUUCCACGAACCCCAGAUCCUAACAGUAUGAAGCGUCCGUCCAGUCGAGGCUCAAUAAGCCAGAUGCCUCCAGCCCCCCAGUUCUCGGAGUCAGGACCGAGACCAAGUUCUGCCGGUAAAUCAGGUGGUGGAAGUAUAAGUCCCAGAAAGGCAUCAGCUGGCAGUGGAAGAGGAGGGGAAACUCCAAGAUAAUUUAUGACAUUUUAAAGAAGAUUCAGAAAGUGCAUUUACAGCUGUUGUACUAUUAGCAGAUUUUACAAUAUUCAAUGUUCUUUUACUCAAUGUUCUUUAACUUCAGCUGAAGGAUUUAGUCAACUAAAUUUAUUAACCCGUAUAGUGCUAGCAACAUCAUUUACUUGUUUAUAGUCAGUCCAGUCUGUAUAUACAGGCCAGCAACAACAUGCAUGCAGUCUGAUGAAAUUGUAAACUGCUUUUGUUCAAUUUCAUCAUUGUGAUAGUUAGUUACCUCAAAGCUAACAUUGGACAGUUCUGUACACAAAGCAGGACCAAUUUAUAAUGAAUUUAGCCUGGUAGGGUACCUGUUACUUUAAAAAAAUUAUUUCAUAAGUUUACAGAAUCAUUGAAAAGUGAAAGGUAAAUUGUGAAGUCAAUGUGCUGUAAGUUAUCAUUCAGAAGUAAUAAAGAACUAUCCUUUGA